AUGGCCUGGAGCGAUUCCAGGUCAAGGCACGAAUUGAUGGCAGCGGCGCAGCUGGAGGAGCUGACCCCGGUCCUGCCAUCCAAUGCAGAAUGUCACGGCGCAGACGAUGAAGCUGAUCUAGCGCGCUGCAUCGAGCAAGCCGUCGCCGAAUUUUUGCACCCAAGCAAAGAGGACAACUUGCAGCCGGAGGUGGCGACCAGCUAUGUGGCGCCCCCGUUCAACUUGCAGCCUCCGCACCCCUGGCACUACGACAAGCCAGAUGUGAUGAGCGGCUCUACGCUGCCCACGGUGGCUGCAGCCCUUGCAGCGCAGGAUUCCGUCACGGAAGAGGCUCACUGGUGUGCUCAGAUGCACUUUGCAUACGAGGCGCAGGUCGAGCAGUACAGACCUGUCGACCGCCGAAGGCGACGAGCUGAUGGUGGACGAUUCUCCUGCAACUUUCACUUGACUCAGGCAUAUCAGAAGCUCAACGUGGUCCCUGCUAUCAUCGGGAAGCAGGGCGUGAACACGAGGAGCAUCUACGAGAAGACCGGCGCAAAGAUCCGUGUGCGUGGACGCGGAAGUGGACAUAAGGAAUCUGCAACGGGCAGAGAGGCGCCAGCUGGGCUUAUGGUGACUGUCUCCGCCUGUGCCUCCGAUUUGAAUGCCUUCAACCACGCUGUCACCAUGACCGGCGAGCUGCUUGACCGUAUCCAAACCAGGAUCAGGCAGCUGAACGAAGCACGGGACCUCGGAGAACUUUGCUGGCAUGUGAACACGCACACCGGUCAGAGCUUCCGCCUGGUGGACGGCAAGCUUGUUCCAGCGGACAUGGCACCUCGCAUCCCAGUUACAGACGGGUAUGUGAAGGCUGGCAGAUAUGCCUGA